AUGGAGCUUUCCAUCAGCAUUGUAGUCUUCUUGAUCCUCUCCUGCUGUCUCAGAGGUGAAGGGGCACCACAUUAUGUAUCUGUCAUCUCUGUGGAAAAUGGAGGACCUUGGGGCUAUUGGGGAAAAAAAGAAUUCUGUUCACAUGGUCAUGCUUCUGGUUUCGUAUUGAAGGUAGAGCCAUAUCAAGGUGGCACAAGACAUGAAGAUGACACUGCCCUCAAUGGCAUACGCCUGUUUUGUGAUGAUCAUAAGUUUAUUUCAUCUACUGUCGGGAAGUGGGGUGCCUGGUCUGCGAUAAAGUAUUGCAAUCAAGGAUCCAAACUGGUGGCUUUCUCUCUGAGAGUUGAAGGACCCCAGGGGCUGUCAGAUGACACAGCAGCCAACAAUAUUAAGUUCAUGUGUAGUAAUAGGGAAAUAUUGGAAAGCAACUCCCUUGAGUGGGGGAAAUAUGGCUCAUGGAGCGACACCUGCAAUCCUAUGUCUUUUAUAUGUGGACUCCAGACAAAGGUGGAGAUAGUACAAGGAAUUGAUGAUGACACAUCACUGAAUGAUGUAAGGUUUUUCUGCUGUAAACCAACAUUAGAUAUCAUAUCUCUGUAUGCACAACAGCUGGGAAUUUAUAUAGUUUGUACCAGCCUUGCCCACUUG